CUUAGCUUAGUAGCCAAAGAUACUGCAUGAUAUAAAUGGCUUCCUAUAAACAUUUCUCUUUUUUCAUCCAUGCCUUUGCUUUUGCAGCUGUUGUAUCAACUGCAUUUUCAGCACUGUCCCCUAAUUAUUAUGACUACUCAUGCCCUAACGCUUUGAGCACCAUCAGAAGUGUUGUGGAGGCUGCUGUGCAGAGAGAGCAGCGUAUGGGAGCUUCUCUGCUACGCUUGCACUUUCAUGAUUGCUUUGUUAACGGCUGUGAUGGUUCGAUUCUGCUAGACCCUUCACCCACCAUUGACAGUGAAAAGAAUGCAUUUGCAAAUGUUCAAUCUGCUAGAGGAUUUGAAGUUGUGGAUGAGAUUAAGCAGGCUGUGGACCAAGCAUGUGGAAAACCAGUUGUUUCUUGUGCAGAUAUAUUGGCUGUUGCUGCACGUGACUCUGUCGUUGCGCUAGGUGGGCCAACAUGGAAAGUGAAACUAGGAAGAAGAGACUCCACCACAGCAAGCCGUGAAGCAGCAAAUGCAAACAUUCCAGCACCAUUUUUUAGCCUCUCUGAACUCAUCACCAACUUCAAGAACCAUGGUCUUGAUAAGAAAGACCUUGUUGUUCUUUCUGGAGGCCACACCAUAGGAUUUGCACGUUGUGCUACCUUUAGGGACCAUAUCUACAAUGACUCUAAUAUCAAUCCCCGUUUUGCACAAGAACUUAAGUACAUUUGCCCUAGAAAAGGAGGUGACUUGAACCUUGCUCCUUUGGACGACACAGCAGCGCAAUUUGAUUCAGCCUACUUCUCUGAUUUGGUUCAUAGGCAAGGGGUACUUCACUCUGAUCAGGAACUGUUCAAUGGUGGUUCUACUGAUGCAUUGGUUAAAAGAUAUAGCUACAAUUCCAAGGCUUUCCACCAGGACUUUGCAAAAUCUAUGAUUAAGAUGGGAAACAUAAAACCUUCCACCGGGAGUAAAGGGCAAAUUCGUUUCAACUGCAGGAUAGUGAACUAAUUCAUUACAGAAAUGAAGAAUCAAGUAGGUUCUUGUAGAAAACUGUAUUAAAAAUUGUUUUUC